AUGAACGGUAUGAAUAACAUCGGUAGCUAUGGUGGUAUGGGUCAUGGAUCUUAUCAACCGUCUUUCAAUCGAUAUGGAGGUUACGGUGUUGGAGGUUAUGGUAUGGGUGGAUAUGGAGUAGGAGGUAUGGGUGCUCCUGGAGAGGGCUACCCGACAUUAACUUCUUCUCUUCAACAAUCUACCGCACCAGCAUUCGCAGUACUCGAAUCACUCGUAGCCGCAUUCACUUCACUCGCUCAAUUAGUAGAAAGUACCUAUAUGGCCACUCAUUCCUCUUUCUUCGCCAUGAUCGGAGUAGCCGAUCAGCUCGGAUCUCUUAAAACAUACUUAGGUCAAGUACUCGGCGUUUUCUCCAUACUACGUCUAGGAAGGAAAAUCAUUAAUUGGUUGAAAGGGAAGAAAGUCGGAACAACAGGAUGGGCAAAUGAAUGGUCUACUUUAUCAGGAGGAGGAUCAGAUCCAUCUAGACCUUCGGCAAAACCCUUAAUAUUAUUCUUACUUUCAGCGGUGGGAUUACCUUGGUUGAUGGCUCGAUUAGUCAGAGUUUUAAUGAAUAAUCAAAGACCUCAGGUGGAAGAGUUGGAUCCGAAUAAAUUAAGUUUCGCUCGUGCUAAAUGGGAGUUUCAGGGGAAAGAAGAAUGGGAAUUGAGUUUAGGAAGGGAUGAAAUUGUCGCUGUUUUGGAAAGAAGAGAUGGAGGGAAAGAUGGUAUGGAAAUGGGUUGGUGGAGAGGAAGAACGAGAGAUGGAAGGAUGGGUUGGUUUCCUGGAAAUUACGUAGAGGUUAUCCGACCUCGAGAGCAGACCGAGAGAAUACCUUCAAAUCGACCCAGAUGA